AAUCUACAGUCCACCGCUCUACCAACUGAGCUAUCGACGGUGUUUUAAAACUCUCAACGAAGAGAACACAAUAAAUUAAAUUGGGUACCAUUUCAAUUUGCACUUCAAGCCCUCCAAGCUAUCAGCCAAGACUUAGAGGUAGGGUACGAUAAAUGCAAUUUGCUUAAACGGCAGAAUGCAAGUGUUUCAGGAGGAUGGGCUUGCAUCUAUUCACCAUGAUGCAACCUGUCCACUCCUCUCUAACCUGAACCAAGGUCUACUGCUUUUGCGUCGUCUGCAGUGCCAGUUGGCGGUCAUGUUGAUUAUGUCAUGGCAGCUCGUAUCCUCGUUUGGGGAAACCAUCAGAAUCUGUGCGAACACGUGUUAUGGAAGCUCAGCACAGAAGGCAGCUGUGUUUACUUUGGUUCCACCCAUGUGAUCUGCCUAUUUUAAAAAGGAGUGCCGUGUUCAAAAUGGUCCUCGUAUUUUAACUAGAGGAAACUGGAAGUAGACUGGAAUGGAUUUUUUACAUUUAAUUAAAUUGGCAAUUUAUAUCAUGUUUAAAUAUUUUACGAAGACAUUUUUUGAGUGACAUGUAGUUUACAUUUCCAUGCUCUAGAAAACUAAGAGUACCUGCUCUCUUUUCAGUUGAAAAGCUACGUGACAGCACAGAAAACUCUUUCGUUCGUGAUAAGACAAAUGGAAAAUGCACGUCACAGGUACUCAACGUCAAAAUCGAUUGACAGGACGACAGCCCAAACAAGUCAUCGUGAAAUAUUAAAACACUAGUUUGGUACACACGGAAACAACCUGUAAAUAAUACAUUAGCUUGUUGCGUGGUGCAAUUUAUUGACAUCAAAGUUCGUACCGCGCAAACCCCAAAAUUGACGAACUUUAAGUAGAAUUGAACGCAGCGCAGUCGGACGUUACAAUCUAAUCAACGCAGAUGGCGCGAAAGUCAGACGUUAUCCAAUUGUGGAGCCCAGUGAUUUCUUUCUUUCGUUGUUAUGCAAUUGUCCCUUUAAGACAAUGCCAUAAAGAACCUUAUUUUGAACGAUGUCGCGGUUCGUUUUAUUGGUGUUUGCUGGUUGCCUUCGUUUAUUUGUGUACAUUCAUCUUUUCCAUCCUGCUCGUUAUUGAUACGUUCAACAGUUCGUCAAAGAUGAUUGCCGAUGCGACGUUCUACUUGAUUUACUACGCUCAUUGCGAAAUGACCGUAGUGUUUUUCUUGUUGCAAUCAUCGGAUUUAUUGCAGCUUCUUCAGCACUGGAUAGACACUGAACGUCUACUCGAAGAGAAUCAAAUAUUUUUAGGAAGAACCGUCAAAUGUCAGUGUUGGUUCAUUUUUAUCGCUACCGUUAUCAUGUCUAAUUUGGAGAACGCAUUGUACAUUGCCGGCGCGGUAAAGGACGCUGAAAAUGUGACUGAAAUCUUUUAUUUGUUAGUGAAACUGGCGGGUAAAGAAACCGAUUUAAAUCCUUACUUUGGUGACUACAAGGACGUUUAUGGAUUUGCCCUGAUUUUUGUCGAAUCGUUGAGCGAAGUCGCGUGGAUUUCAGGUGAUUUUAUAAUUGCAUUGGUCUCGAUCAUCUUGCGACGCUAUUACGAGGUACAUCGCGAGCAAUUGCGAUCGCAACCCGACGUCUCGUUCCAACAGCUGGAACGGCUGCGACGAGUCCAGUUGGCGCUGUCCACGUUGACUCAUAAAGUGGCUGAGCUCUUCUCGCCGUUGAUUCUCAUAACUAUCGGAUGCGACGUCAUUUACAUCCUGACGUUUUUGUACUCGGGAUUGGACGCAGACAUUUCUAGUCCUAGUCUUCUCGUUCGUUUCAUUUUCACCUAUUCGUUCGCUUACGUCAUUCUGAGGCUGAUGUUCUCCGUCUACCUGGCUAGUCGACUAACGGAAUUGCCGAGGAAGACGGUAGAUUAUUUGUAUAGGCUGCCUUCUCUAGUCGGUUACAGUAUGGAACAACAGAGAAAUAGGCUGAUCAAGAUGGAUUUGAUCGUACAAGAGAUUCAAAACGAACCAACAGCGCUUAGCGGAGGAGGUUUCUUUGUCUUGUCCAAGUCAUCGGCCUCAAAGCUAUUCGGUUUGAUCGUCACGUACGAAGUUGUCAUGCUGCAAUUGCCUCGCUGAGACAGUGUAGCUAACAUCCAACAUUGUCUAGAGUAUUUUGCACAACACUGAAAUCCAAAUAAAAGAAAAAUAAAACAAAUCCUGCCUUA